AUGUCUGAUAAACCAAAAUUGGAGAUAAAGGAUCCAGCUCCAGCUGAAAGGCAGUCUUUCAAACGGCAUCAAGAUGGGUUUGGCAUCCGUGAUGAAGAUAUAAAGAACCUUGCUAAAAUGCUGAAUGACGACUAUCCAUCUUGCUCAGAAGACCCCGACCUGGAAGAAAAAAUAACAGACAUAGCUAUUGAGGUGAAAAUGGUUAACAACGGCAGCUAA